AUGGAUACAUUCAGAAACCUCUUCGCCAGGCCCGAUCCCCAAGCACAGUUCCGCAAAUGCAACGCCCUCAUCCGCUCCAACAUCCGCAAACUCGACCGCGACAUCACCGCCAACAAGCAAAACGAAAUCAAAAUAAAAAACCUCAUCCUCCAAGCCGACAAGCGCGCGCAGCGAGACCCCGCCCGCGCAAAGCAAGCCCAAAAGGAAGUCCGCGACUUUGCCCGCGAGCUCGUCCGCCAGCGCCGCGUGUCAGCCCGCGCAAUCACCUCCAAAGCCCAGCUCAACUCGGUGCAGAUGCAAGUCAACGAGGCGUUUGCGGUGCGCAAGAUUGAGGGCUCCAUACGCGCGAGUGUGGGCAUCAUGAAGGAUCUGAAUACCCUGAUACGGCUGCCCGAGAUGGCGGGCACGAUGCGCCAGCUGAGCGAGGAGUUGAUGAAGGCGGGUAUCAUAGAGGAGAUGGUGGAGGAUAUACUGCCUGAGGAUGGGGACAUGUUGAUGGAGGAUGAGGGCGAGGUUGAUAAGGUGCUGGGUGAGGUAUUGAAGGGGAAGAAGGAGCCGAGUUUGCCGGUUGCGCCGGUGCCGGAGCCGCAGAAGGAUGUGGAGGAGGAGGAGGAAGAAGAGGAGAAUGCGGAGGCUAUGAUGGAUCAGAUGCGGAACCGGUUGGAUGCGUUGAGGAGUUAG